AUGACAGAGCCAACUGGCAAAAGAAAAAAAAUCGAGAGCGAUCCAUUUCGCAUCGUCAUUGUUGGCGCCGGACCCGCCGGUCUCUCCGCCGCCCUCGCCAUCGCCCAGCAUCCGUCCACCACCACCAGCCCCGUUCGCAUCACCGUCUUGGAGCUGCGUCGCGAGGUAAGGACCAUUGGCGGCGCCGUCAACAUGACACCGCUCGCGCUGCGUUACCUGGACGCUCUCGGUGCCGGCGCGCGCCUGCGACCUCGCGGCCACGCCGCCAGCGCCAUUGAGCUCGUUGCGCACCGCACCGGCCGGCUCCUGGCUACGCUGUGGCCGGGCGUCGACGCCCUCCGUGUGCGCCGUCAGGCCGUCGUCGAGGCACUGACCGAGACCGCCCAGCACGACGUCGACGACCCCGAGGCGCUGCGGAUCGUCUACGGGGCCAAGGUCCAGUCUUUGGAAGAGCGCGACAGCGACGUGCGCGUCACCUAUACACAAGACGACGACGCCCCAGUCUCGUCGGAAGCGAGCAUCCACGCCGACCUCGUCCUCGGCUGCGACGGCAUUCACUCCCUCGUGCGGCGGCAGCUCGUCGAGCCCGGCCGUCCAGAGACCUACACGGGCAAGUGCGUCGCCUACGGCUUCAUCCCCGCGACCGAUGCCGACGCCGCGCGCUGGACCCGGCACGGCGGGCAACCGCUGGUUCAGCACACGACGCUUGUGCAGCACGGCGCUGAGUCGCUGCUGCUGGCCCGCCACCAACCCGCGUCGCUGGAGGAGACCACCAGCCUGUACCUCGCAGCCGUCAUGCCCGUCCCGGUGCCGCCGGAGAAGGACGCAGGGAGCAGCCGCCUGGAAGGUUGGGCAUUGCGCAAGGCCGCCGACAAAGAGAGCCUGCGGCGCGCCAUUGCCGACAUGUUUGCCGGUGGCGCCAUCGGGUGUCUCAGCGAGGUGCUGGCGCGCUGCGACGAUUGGUUCUUUUACCCGGUGCACAUGCUGCCAGAGGGCGGAGUAUGGUCCAAGGGCCGGGUGCUGCUUCUCGGCGAUGCCGCGCACGCUAUGCCACCGCAGGGAGAGAGCACGGGUGUCGCCAUUGAGGAUGGAGUGCUGCUCGCGCACGUGCUGUCGCGGCGGCCGGCCGGCCGCAGCGUGCCGCAGAUGCUCGCCGACUACGAGGUGCUGCGCCGGGCGGACGUUGCGGCGCUGCAAAAGACAUCAAUCGCUCGGUGGAACACACCGAUGCCGGCGGGAUGGGUCGGGCGCGUCAUCAUGGAGUGGAUGACGUGGAUUGUUGUGUCAUAUCUCAACUGGACGAGCAAUCACUUUGCCCGGGAUGUUCGGAACCUGUCUCUGCCGGAGUGA